AUGCUUUCCCUCUUCACUUUGCUCUCCGUCUCCUUGUCGCUCACCAACGCCUUGACCCUUCCCAACGGUCCAACCACCUUGGCUACUUCCAGAGUCGGCACCCAGUCUGAUGCUUUGGGUGGUUCUGCUCCUCAGGGCUCCUUGACCCUGGCUCCUGCUCCAAUUCCAAGCAACGGAACCAACACCGCCGGAAACGGCCCUAUUACGGGAACCCAGACCGGAAACACCCUUCCAACGGUUUCUCCUUCGAAGGUCACCAAUGCUCCUGGUGUCUCACAGGCUCCACAGCAACCGGGUAAUGUUCCAUCUCAGGCUCCACAACAACCAGGCCCCGCUCCAUCUCAGGCUCCACAACAACCAGGAAACGCUCCUUCCCAGGUUCCAGAACAACCAGGAAACGCUCCAUCUCAGGCUCCACAGCAACCAGGCCCCGCUCCAUCUCAGGCUCCACAACAACCAGGAAACGCUCCUUCCCAGGUUCCAGAACAACCAGGAAACGCUCCAUCUCAGGCUCCACAACAACCAGGCCCCGCUCCAUCUGAUCUCGGCGACAACGGAUCCUCUCCAUCAGGCUUCGGUGGUAACGGUUCAGUUCCUUCAGAUGCUCCUCAGCAGCCAGACUCCAACCAGUCCCAGGCUCCUGAAGCUCCAGGCAGCUCUCCUUCACAGUCUCCAGAAACCCCAGACUCUGGAUCUUCUGGAUUGCCAGAUGACGGUGGAUUUUCCGGAAACGGCGGCCAGAACGAACCAGGCCAGGGUGACCAGGACAACCAGGACAACCAGGACAACCAGGACAACCAGGGUGACCAGGACAACCAGGACAACCAGGACAACCAGGGUUAG